AUGCGCCAGGACGGAAAGGGCCUCGCAGAUCUCCUAGAGAAAUACGCGCAAAUCUUCACAGAUGAACUCGGCGAAAUACAACGUGAGCAGGCCACUCUAAUCCUUAAAGAAGGAGCAGUUCCUAAGUUCAUGAAAGCAAGGAGUAUUCCUUUCGCGUUAAAACCUGCCGUCGAAAGGGAAUUGGAGAAGCUCGAAAAGUUAGGAGUCAUUGAAUCAGUGACAUCGAGUCGUUAUGCGUCUCCUAUUGUGCCCGUCGUGAAAACAGACGGAUCAAUACGCCUGUGUGGCGACUACAAAGCUUCCUUAAACCCGUGUUCGGAAACGGAAGUAUACCCAUUACCGAAGAUUGACGAGAUGCUUGCGGCCUUGGCAGGAGGGAAGCGAUUUUCAAAAAUUGACUUCAGUCAAGCGUACCAGCAGGUUGUCGUUGACGAACAGUCAAGCCAGUAUCUGACACUUAAUACACACAAAGGCCUGUACAGAGUAAAGCGUCUCGCGUUUGGAAUCUCGUCUGCGCCCUCCAUUUUCCAACGUGUCAUGGACAACAUGCUAAAGGACUUAGAGGGAGUCAUCUGCUACAUCGAUGACAUCUUGGUAACUGGUAGCAACGAGAAAGACCAUCUGCAAAAUUUGGAAAGAGUACUGCAACGUCUAGAUGAACGAGGUGUCAGAAUCAAAAGAAAAAAAUGUGACUUUUUUAAACAAGAGCUUCGUUUCUUGGGCCACGUUAUCAGCGACAGAGGCAUCUCGACGGCACCUGAUAAAGUGAAUGCCAUAUUGUAUGCACCCGCUCCAAAGGAUAAGAAGCAACUGAAGUCAUUCAUUGGCUUAGUGACGCAUUACACGAAGUUCCUCGCUGAUCUAUCUACUGUUAUGCACCCACUAAACAAUUUAUUGUGCAAGAAUGCUCCCUAUGCAUGGUCUUCUCAGUGUGAGAGUGCCUUCGUAAAAGUGAAGCAAAUGUUGGCUGCAGCGCCGAUCUUGGCACAUUAUGAUCCCACUAUGCCGCUCGAAGUUGGAUGUGACGCUUCGUCAUAUGGGUUGGGUGCAGUAUUGUCAGUCAUACAGAAAGACGGAACAAGAAAGCCAGUCGCGUACGCAUCACGAUCACUAACGCAUAGUGAAACUCGGUAUAGUCAAUUGGAGCGUGAAGGGCUAGCACUCGUGUUCGCAGUGAAAAAGUUCCAUUAUUACAUUUAUGGACGGAAGUUUCAUCUCGUUACAGACCAUAAACCCCUUGAAGUGAUUUUUGGUCCCAAAAACGGGAUCCCCACGAUCGCCGCUGCUCGCCUCCAGAGAUGGGCCAUCACCUUAUCGGCAUACAAUUACAGCCUGGUGCAUCGUCAAGGGCAAACGAACUUCGAGGCUGACUGCCUGCCACUACCCUACCGGCCGUCAACUACAGAAGGGGACGACGUGGACACCUUCUAUUCCCUUCGAUGGGAAAGUUUCCCCGUUAACAGCUCCGAUAUUGCACGGGCUACAGCUAAGGAUUCCAUCCUAAGUGUUGUUCUGAAGUAUGUGCUCUCUGGCUGGCCUCCGACGCUGUCAAGGGAAGACAUUAAGCCCUACUGGAGCAGGAAGAACGAACUCUCGGAAAGUCGUGGCUGCAUCCUGUGGGGUAUGCGCAUAGUCAUCCCGACCUUUUUGCGCACAACUGUUCUUCAGGAACUACACGAAGGUCAUCCUGGGAUCGUACGCAUGAAAGAAAUUUCACGGAGCUACGUCUGGUGGCCUCGCAUCGACGUGGCCAUCGAGGCUGUAGUGAAAGGUUGUCCAACAUGCCAACAAGGAAGAGCUUUACCUACUCCGGCUCCUCUCCACCCCUGGGCUUGGCCAACGAGACCUUGGUCCCCUCUGCACAUCGACUUCGCGGGUCCUUUUCAACAGAGGUACUUCUUCGUGGUGGUCGAUGCGCACUCCAAAUGGCCCGAGGUAUUCAUCAUGACAUCUACUUCUACAGAACUAACUAUUGCAAAAUUAAGGGACAUAUUCAGUCGAUUUGGAUUACCAGAAGUUUUGGUAUCUGAUAACGGCCCUCAGUUUGCCAGUAAGCUCUUUCAAGACUUUGUCAAGCAGAAUGGGAUCAAACAUAUCAGGUCAGCGCCAUACCAUCCUUCGUCAAACGGCCAGGCGGAGCGUUUUGUACGCACAAUGAAGGAAGCAAUCCGUAAAGACCACGCAUGCAGACCCCUGGAAGCCAGACUGAAUAGUUUUCUGCUUGCCUACAGGAACACUCCACAGGCCAGCACACAGCAAUCUCCGGCAGCCCUCCUUUUGGGAAGACCCUUACGGACCCGAUUGGAUCUAUUAAGACCAGACUCCGAAGCAACAGUUCGGUACCACCAGUUCAAGGGAAGCGAACAGAAAAAAGGAAGGACAGACAGUUCGCAGUUGGAGCCAACGUUUUGGUGA